AUGACCCGCUUCACCACCCGAGCUCUGCUCAUGCUGGCCGCCACUGCUGUGCUGCUCGCUUUCGUCGCCUCUCCCGGUCUCGCCCAGAACUCCAGCACGACGACGUCGACGGCGACAUCUACCACGUCCACCACCAUCACGAAGUCGGCCGACUCCUCUGUUUGCAGGGUUCCCAACUGCGCGGUCUGCCUCGUGGACAACGUUAACCAAUGCUACACCUGCACCUCCCCGUACGUCCUCAAUUCUGCCAUGACCGCUUGUGAGCUGGCGACGACCCAGCCGAACGGCGCUAUGGGCAGUGCCUCGACGCGCACCGUCGCCCUCGUUGGUGUGGCUCUUGUUUCCGCCAUCAUGACCGCGCUUUAA